AUGGCCUCGUAUGUUUUCAACAACAACUACUUGAAGAAUGGACUCGCUGACGAGGCUUGUAGUUUCAACAACAACGCUGCUCUCACUUCCAUCAAUCCCAGUCAAGGAACUUGUAGAUACCAUUCAAGAUAUGAGCCGUGGCUGACGGGUUUCCAGCAGCUGUAUCUUGUUGGUCUUUUCACAAACUCAGAACCAAGAAGAGGUCAAUUGGCGAAGACUUCUGAUUCUAUCAUCCUCAACGUCGACGGAGACGAUAACAAAUCAGCUAUAUUCGGCAAACACGACCUCGGAAAGCUUCUAGGCAUGGGCGCGUUCGCCAAAGUCUACCAAGCGGAGGAUCUUCACAACGACCGCGAAAGCGUCGCGAUCAAAGUCGUCCAGAAGAAGCGUCUAAAAGACGGACUCACGGCGCAAGUCAAGAGAGAGAUCUCCGUCAUGUGCGGCCUCCGCCACCCUCACAUCGUCCUCCUCUCCGAAGUCCUCGACACCAAGACGAAGAAGAUCUUCGUCAUGGAGCUCGCAAAGGGCGGCGAGCUGUUCCUUUCCCCGAGUCUCGAGCACCGUUUCACUGAAGGUCUCAGCCGGAAAUAUUUCCGGCAAUUGAUCUCCGCCGUAAGGUACUGCCACGCGAGGGGGAGUUUACCACAGUGA